AUGAAUAAGGAAGUAGUGAGAGUGAGUGCGGUAACGAGGAAGAAAUAUGAGAGAAGCGGUAGAACAACAUUGAUAAGGUUAAUGGGGCGAGUUACACUAGUGACGAUUCAUGCCGGCUAUCUUGGAGUAACGGAAAUGAUGCCGUGGAAGUGGUCCUGCCAAACUUCAGGCUCCAUUCGGGAGGUUGCAAGGCCAUUUACGCGGGGCUGGAGUAUUAAUGUGGCUUGGCAUUCAUCACGACAGUCCAGAUACCAGCCCAUUCACCCCGCAGUGGACACGAGACGUACAGCGUCGGCAGAUUCAGGAAAUGCUUCUCGCAUUUGCGUACUUUAUUCAGGACCAGAUCCUGGGAAUGACAAGGAUCGGCGACGGGAUACGGAAUACGUGCCGAAUAUCAAGAACAGGCUUGAAUGGAAGCGCGGUGAGGUUGAGCAGAGAGAGAUGGUGGCGUUGCCUGCUGGCCAGCGGAAAAGCAAAGAACAGAUCCCGGCCAACCAUUCUGGCGGCCAUGAUGCAGCCAAAACACGUCAACAGCAGUCAGAGGCAGACUCAAAGGGAGUCUCACCAGCUCUUCCCGCCGGCAAUCACCACUCUCUCUCCUCUUCUCCGCCUUCUACAUGCAUAUACAGCUCCUUCCAUCCCAUUGUCACCAUGUCGGGCCUCUCAACCACACCGCGCUUCCUUCCCCCAAUAUCUCCCCGACGAGCCUCAUCGCCUACAAUAACGGCUGGGGGCUCUGAGGAGAGCAAUCUUCGCGACAUGUCCCCGAGCACCACCCUGCGAGCUUUUACCGAGAAACCAGUCCCAUUCGAUACCACGCGCGACGAGUACAAGAUCUUCGCUUGCAUCGAGAAUCUCACGCCGGCAGAGAGAGACUUGGGUGCGAGGGUCGCAAAGGCAGCGCAACGACUGAAGAGCUGGUGUGAGGAGAUCGACAAGUGGGGCUGGUCAGGCACCUUUGAGCAGCCCAGCGAGGCCUACCGAGAGACACGCAGGAGGAGCGUAGAGGCGCACAUCCGGGAGCAUGUGAAAGACUCGAAUGGAGCUAUUGGCAGUAUUGGUCCGCUGGAGUACUGGGGUUCGCUCCUGUCCGUUGAGGUGGAAGCCCACGAGGCCCGCCUUGAUGAGAUAUCAGAAGAGCUUUUAACGUUGGACAUCGAGGAGUUGAAGGGCCACGUCCUGGAUAUUCAUGGUCCAAACAAAUCGAGACCUUCGUCGGCCGGAUAUGAGGCAGUGCGACAAAACUACACCCUCAUGGACGACUUCUCAAUCAUACUCACCCAGACGCUCAUUUCCGCACUACCGCAUCAUUAUCAACUCGGGGAGCGACUCAAUACAUGGACCGCGCGUGUUUCCAUCCUCCGCGAAGCGCCACACUUUCUAUCCGAUCUCCAAACCUCGCAGAAGGCGAUGCGGCUCGGCUGGGAGGCACUCGAGCCACCAAAGGAUCUCUCAGACACCUCGUUCAACAAGUGGAAGGAGGCUGUGGGCACCAUUUCGGGCGUACUUCAAGGGAAGGUUGGAGAUCUGGGCCAGCGUCUUGACCGCAUGCUAGAUACGCUCGAAGGACGAGAUGACUGCUUGCCGGACGAAUGGAUUGACAACUUUGAAGGGCUCGAGGCAGAUUAUGGGCAAUGGGCACACGUCUCGCGAAGGAGAAUUAUCGAAUUUGACGUUCGGAGGAAGGUGGAACAGAAUGGGGUUGAAACCAGAACUGGUGAGGCUUCCGAGAGGCUUCACGCACAUGCCGAUCACGGCAACACAAUGGAGCCAAAGAAGGACGAACCCGCGGCGAUAGAAACAACUGAAGAACCUGCACCGGAGCCAGUAGAAGCAAAAUAUAUUAAGCUCCCGAAUGUCGAACAACAACGGUCCGUCACUGCAUUUAAGACGGCGAUCCCUGAGGCACCUAGGCACCAGUGCCACGCAGAAGUUGACGAAAUAAUACAGGAAAUAGCUUCAGACCAUGUCCCAUCGAGUCCUCUUGAAGAGUCGGUAUUCGAAGAAGGGGACACGGUUGUGCACAAUGAUUUGCCGGAGAGCUCAGAAGAUCCCCUUUCUUCCAGGUCCGAACUGAUACACUUUCGACCCAGAUCAAUCAGCCCCGUGUCACUCCUUGUCAUAACUACUGAAGAACAAGUCGAUGCUAUCGAUCUACCAGACAUACCUCUGACACCAAGAUCUCGAUGUGGCAGCAUUGGCUCAAUUUCCUCGAGCAUCUCGUUCCCUUCCAGUCCCCCCGGCACAGUCGAAGAAUCCCCUUCUGUGCGCAACGCAACAAACCGCCAAGCCAAACCACCGCCUCCCGCGCUCAAUGCAGCAAUGGGGAAACGCCGUCCUUUGAAGCACGUAAAGGAAUCCGCAAUCGACAACACCCCGCCCUGGCCGCCAACCCAAUUCUCCAAGCACCUGGCUCCCAACAGCGCGGAAGACCUGGAACGCAAGAUCUCCGAUAUUCUCACUACCAUUCCCGCCCAUAUUCGCCUGACAUCAGGACCAGAACCCGAUGCGCCGGAGGUGAAGCCGGGAGGCAGAGUCACUAGCAAAGGAAGUAAGGGAUAUCUUCGUGCAUCUCGCUCUGUCAGCGGCAUGAAGUCCCCCCAACUUACCUUGUCCCCUGCAAAGCAAGACUUUGACUCUGCUAAUGCUGCUUCAGGCCGAAGGUCCUCGGCGGCUUUGAGAGGCGACAACGAUAUCAAGCUUUAUCACCUGACGCAGCCUGGUAAAGAGCAUCCUGUCAAACUCUUUAUCCGUCGAGUCGGCGAGAACGGAGAGCGCGUGAUGGUGAGAGUCGGCGGCGGAUGGGCUGAUCUCGGCGAAUAUCUUCGGCAGUAUGCUGAACAUCAUGGACGGCGCACUGUUAGCGAAGGGAAAUUUGAGAUUCUAGGUAUCGAAGUCAAGAAUCCGGAAGUCGCGCCACCCAGACCAGAAAGUGCGAUGAGUAGGCGAGAUAAUAGUCGACGGUUUAGCGUUGGGAGUCCAAACUCCACACCUCAGAAAUCUGCCGGCGUAGGCUUGUCUAGAGAUGAUGCGAGCUCCAACCUUCCAAACAUCACAAACACUCCUGCUGGAAUGAGCGCAGAGACUUCAGCCCCUUCCACAGGUUCUUCCAGGCACUCAUGGACUGGAAAUGAAGUUGGACUAGCUGGUCCGAAGUCAAAGAAAUUAGAUCUGAGUGGCGAGAAAUUAGAAUGGAUCGAAGGAAUGCUGAACAAGGCCCGCACAGCUAGCGGCAACAUGACGAGUGCGCCGAGAUCUGACCACACACCUAAAGACCCCCAGACCGACCGAGCAGAGAGUCGAUCUGAGAGCAGGUCUGGAGCAAGACCUAAGCCUGGCUUUGGUGACUUGGGCAAGAUCGGAGGAACCAAGCGCGUCUUCAUGCGAGUAUCUCAUACUCCGAAGGACGUUAUAUUCGAUUGCGUAGUUGCUUACGCUUUCGUGGAGUUUCAUACCCUCGCCUUUCUUUCUGCGAAAUUGAGAUCGAGGGCUUCUAGAUUGGAUUUCGUCGUCUUUGCUGCUAUUGGUGUCACUGCCGUUUGUUCUUCAGCAUCUGAAGGUUGUUCCAAUCUCAAAAGCUCCAAUGCUCGAGACCACUCAAAUAUCCAAUCACAUGGCUCUCCAUUGGACGACUGCUCGCACCUAGUUACAGUCCAUGACAUAAAACGUCUUCAGCUAGACGGUAUAUCCCUCUCGAGAAUCAAAAAGUGGAACAGUCAAAUACCACUGAAGUCGGAUGACGUGUUUGUGGUGUUUCAGAGAGAAGGAAAACCAGGAUAUGGAAGCGACCGCCAAAUGGCGCCAACAUCAUUCGUCAUCAUGAGCCUUAUUGGCUAUCUUUGUUUGGGCACGAAUACCCUCCCGAAAUACUCAUGGGCCUCUAUCUCGAUCGUGAAAGUUGCCGGGAUUUGUAAGUUGGUGGCUCUGAGCCUCCUUGUUGUGGGAUCCGCUCUCAAGUGUCUAUUUGGGCUGCAUGGUUUGGCAGUGCUCACUGAGCUAUGGACUAAAUGCUCUCAAAAAUCGACGCCGAAGAUUUUGAAAUCUAGUUCUACUUCUUCUUAUGCUGGCUUCUCGUCUUUACUGUGGACAAAAAAAAGGCAAGCCUUCCUCAUAGACUCCAAGACAGGAAGGCCACGGUAUGUAUCCAUAUCGUUUGCUAGACGGCACAAUACCAUUACCGAGAUGGGAAACAACACCUGGAAUUUGCAAGAUGCCACUUUGGAUAUGCAUAGCUCCCUUCUGCUGUUCGUCCUAGACUCCUUACGGAAUCGCUUCCCCUUCGCUCUAAAACGAGAAUGGUCUUCUUGGAUGGGCGCAAAACCGAAACCUCAGGACAUAGUAUCUGGAUUUUGGCGAGCUCCCGACCAAAAGCUCCCUAUUCCUGGACCCCAUGCUUUUCGAUGUGCUCGAAUUUCAUGGAGCGUCGGUUUUCUCGUCAGCGAGAAUCUACGCUUAGUUCUUGAGCCUAAUGACUCGAAAAAUACAUUCCUUAACAGCAGUAAGACGAUAAUAAUAUUGAAAGUUGGGAAAAGGAUGCUAAUGAGCGGGAAUCGUAGGGUCCACAUUCUGGAUAUAUCUCUUUUAUGCCCCGGCGCUAAAUCCGCAGCAGAACGUACUAGCAUACCAAAUUCUGUCACUGAACAUGCCUCGCCUACCCACAGCCCAAAAAGGAUGCCAGAAAUGUUGAACCCAAAACCACCUCAAAAUGGAUUUUGUGAAACUCCCGGUCUUUGUCACUUUUGGUCUUCCGACGAACCGGGAAAGAGCAUACGUUUUUAUCAGCUCGUUUGUAACCACCUACUAAGUCACCCGUCGCCUCCCCGCAACCUUACAUCACCAAAAAUGAAGGGACCUAAAGACACCAUGGACUUUUGGGGUUUAUAUGGCUAUGAAGGGGAUUUCGCUUCGGGACUGAUGCGGUAUUUCAAGUCACGUGGUAGUUCAUUCACCACUUCCUACCUAAAGCAAGCACAUUCGCAACAGCCCCAACCAGUUGAAUCAUUCUUGCUUGCUAUCUUGAUACUCACUUCUUUACCUGGGAAAGGAGAGCAACCGAAAUGGGGAAGAUGCGCUAAGCGAAAUGCCUCAAGAAGUAAGGCUCAGUUGGGCUUUUGGCCUUCUCACUACAUCGCUAACUAUUCAUUUCAAACCGAGACGGCUGCGAAACUGACAGCGCGCCACCUUCACGAUCUCAAAGCGAAAAAGAAACGUAGAAGGGGGACGAAAGGGGGGAAGAAAAGGAAGAAAGGGGGUGAUGGAACAAAUAGAACAAACAGAAUGAACGGAAUGAACGGACUGAAUGGAACGAGCGGCACGAAUGUAACUCCAACCCUUCGGAAUCCACCACCCACAACACCCACCAAGCUUCUGCCCGAAGGACACAUCCCCAUUUCUCAAGUUACCCUGCCUAUUGUUCAAUCGUUCGAGGAUCGCCUUGAAGAGUACAGCCGAGAACUACGGAAGGAUUUGGAGCAACGGCGGAAGAUUGAAGAAUACCUGGACGGAAAUUAUCGUCAAGGAUUAAUAGUGCGGAUAUACCGGGAGCAGCUGAAUAAAUUAACGGAACGUCUUAAUACUAGGCUAGAUGAGAUCAAUUCACUGCGACGGGAGUUGGAGGUGGCCAGUGGUGUGCUUCACGGUCUUACGCGGUCGUUUAAAGAGGCUCAAGGGGAUACGGAGAAGGAGAAAGAGAAAGAAAGGGGGAAGCAGGUAGUGGUGGUCGAUAUUCGGGAGGAGGGGGAUAGUUUGGGCGAGGGAGAGGAGGACGGAGAGUCUGAUGGCGAAGAUGCGGAAGGAGAAAAGGCAGAAAAGAUGGGGACAGGCAUAGUGACAAAAGAGGACACAGUAGGAAGGAAGGAAGAGGACCGAGUUAUCGAGGAAGAGGACGAUGAGCAGUAUAGCGGAAGAAACCUUUCGGAGAUGAUAACGAGGCGCCUUGAAUUAAUUUGUACGAUGGGGGGGCAAAAUGGAGAUCGCAGGCCCUGA